AUGGAGACGAUCAGCUGUUUGAUUUGCGAUGACGAAACGCCGGAAGUGGCGCACGAAUAUGAAGUGGGAGGCGGUAUUCGGGCCCACCUGGUCGAUGCCCAUGCGACGUAUGUUGCUCGAGCCUUCCUUUUUCCCGACAUCGGUGAUCCGAAGCAUCUCUUCUUGAUGGCGUGCGUCGAGUUUGAUGGCGGUGCUGCGGGUGAUGAACAAUCUGCCUGUAGCUCUGCCGAGUUGACGCCGACCGAAACGGUUUCUCCGAUUGGUGAGCUACCGCAUUCUUCCACGGAUGAAGAGGAAAAUGACGACGAUCUGCCUAUCGAUCUAAACCAAGUCUUGGCAGAGAUCAUCGGGUCUACAGUGCCGCCAGAAAAUCCUGCUAAUGGUCGCAAGCGGAACGGCGAGCGCCUUACUGAGCCGCCCGCUAAAAAACUUUACUUGGAGUCUGAGAAUAUCGCCGGCACGUCGGAACUGAAUGACUCUAACUACCUUGACGAAUUGGUAGCCAUAUGGGAAAGCACUGUUGCUUCUACGAGCACUUCGUUCGACGGAUGGAAGCACAAGGACAACAAUGGCUGCCGCUCAUGCGGUCAAUCGGUCUCGCUAUCCGGUCGCUAUCGCCAUGUUCUCGAAAUGCACGUCAACAAAGCAGAUAUGUUUGCCUGCUCGGUUUGCGAUUUCGCUCAUCCAAGCUCAAUCACUGAGGUUCGGAAACAUGCCCUCGAACACACGUACACCAACGCUUAUCCGCAGAGCAACGAAAUGAAGUAUCGCACCUUGAUCCAUCAAUGGAUGCGUCGUUGCUUUGACGAUUGGAAAACCGUGGAUACAAGCGCUGAAGACGCCCGGAAUGGCACCGGAUACGACUACGACGAUGCGAUUAACAAUGGCAACCGCUCGCCGCCGAACAACAUCGAUCCGGCUAACGUUGAUGAGCGCACGUGCCAGCUUUGUUGGGAGGAGAGCAGAUAUCCCGGUCGCCAUCUGGCCCAAAAACACUUGCGCAAGCCGCUCUACGAAUGUCCUGUUUGCGAAGGCUUUGGCAGCUACGAGAGUUGUACCGUUGUGAAACACAUGCUAAAGGUCCACCCUGAUGUUGAGGAUCCCCAGCCAACUUCGAACCUCGAGAAGUACGCUGACGAGAUUCGGGACCUCCAGAAUCGCUGCUUCCCGAAGCGUCCGAUGAAGCUCGUCAAACCGGCAAUCGGGUCUAAGCCUAGGGAACGUCACUUGUGCAAUCUGUGCAACACUUACGUGGCUCAAUCCGACCGCCAACGUCACGUUUACCACCGUCACCUGCAGAAGACGCGUGUGUUCGAAUGCCCGAUGUGCGACUUUGCUUCAAAUUAUGAUGUUCACAGAGUCAAAUGGCACAUCAAAUGGGAGCAUAAGGAAGAGCCUUUUCACUUGGAGCCUGUAUCGCACGAGGCUGAAUUCAGGGAUCUCAUCGAUCAGCUGAAUGAGGAAUGCUUCCCUGGUUGGACCCAUCGUCGCAAGUCGUUCUGGUGGUUGGAUCAGGAUGAUCCGCAGGCCCGGGCUGCUAAGAUCAAGAUCAAAGAAGACGCUGAAAUGAGUGGCUCGGACCUGGUGCAUGACUUCAAAAACGACGCGGAUCCUGAAUUCGAGAUGACGGAGGAAGACCUGGAGAAUGCAUACUCUUCCCCGCCGCCCAAGGAGUCGCUUAACCCUCACCAAUGCCAGCUUUGCCAAAAAGAACUGAAGUCUAAUUCUAACUUCCUACGUCACGUGUCCAAGGAUCACUUGAGCGCUACCAUCUACAGCUGCCCUGUUUGCAACGAUUUCGAGACUUGCGAUCCGUAUCGCAUGAAGCAUCAUAGUCUGAAGACUCACAACAAGCUCGACGUUGUGCCCGUGAUGAAGAAAGGACGUGACAAGCGCCCGAUUGACGAAGUCCGUACCAUCUACACACAAUGCUUCCCGAAAAAGAAGAUGAAGGAGCCAGCUCAUCAGGAAAAGCGAGCCACGACUCCACCGCCGGAGGAUGUCAAGCCAAAGCGCCGCAGCAGCAAUGGACCACCAACUCCUGUUGUUAAUGUGCCUCCGAAAAAGUCGCGUGGUCGGAAUCGUUGGGACGGAGAGGAUGGAAAGGUCACUUGCACUCAAUGCUCGAUGGAUAUGAAGACUGAGGAUCGUCAGAUUCACGUCUACCGCCAUCAUCUCAAAGAACCACGGCUUUACGAAUGUCCGCUGUGUGAUUUCUCGCAUCAUGCUUGCAGCAGUGAUGUCCGUUCACAUAUCAAAUAUGUCCAUCGCGAUAAUUCGGAGCUGAUGCCCAGGGCCAAUCUGUUGGAGUUUUCGGAUAAGAUCGCCGAAUGGAAUGAUCUGUGCUUCCCGGGAUGGAUCAACCGUCGUUUGCCCUCGAGUGGAAUGGAAGAUUUUUCCACCUGCCGACUCUGCGGUGAAGAAGUUCGUCAGACGUCUCGCCAUAUCGCUGAGGUUCACUUGAAGAUUCCCCUCCACCAGUGCCCUUUGUGUGACUACGGCGCUGCUGAAUCGCGUCUCGUUGCCCGCCAUCUUCGCAACAACCACACGAAGAAAGAGGCCAAAGGUCUCGAGCCGAUCUCGAACGUGGCUCUUCGUCGUGCUGACUUCUCUGGUGUCCACGAUCGAUGCUUCCCUGGAAGACCGAAGCGGCUCUCCAACAUUACGAUUUCGGAAGAAGGUCGUCGCGCUAAGUGCAAAGGCUGUGGAUCGACAGUCAGCAAGAAGAAGCGGCUGUCCCAUCUUCUCGAGCGUCAUCUGCAGAUUGCCUUCCUGAAGUGCAAAUCCUGCGAUUUCGAACAUACUUACGAUGAUGCUGAGGUCAAGAAGCACAUCGCUGACGUGCACGCUGGCGCUGGAGGCAUGGAUGCUGCUCUCAACAAGCAUUAUGCCGAGGUCAGCCAGUGUGUCCAGAACUGCUUCCCCGAUUGGGAAAUUAAGAAGAUGGACCUUCUCCACUAUUCUUAUGUUUGU